AUGCAUUCAAAAAUUACUGUAUCAGAAAUGUUCAGAAGCUAUGAGUAAGACUAUAAGGUUCACAUGGAAUCAGUCACAUAUGAGGUCCUUAAAAUAAGUAAAGACAGAAAAGAUGACACUGAUAAAAGGUUCUCCAAAGUUUGUGAUGAACUUCAAUAAAUAGAAUAAUGUGUAAGCUAAUUUCAAUCUAUCUUUUUCAGAUAAAAUUUAUGGAGUUAGAAGCUUCGACUUUCCCUGGUAGUUAUAAAAAAGAAUUAAUGGAGACAAUAAAAUAAUAUAAAAGAGAUAUGGCUAAAGUUAAAAAGGAUUUUAAACAAUUCUAAUUAGACCAAUAAGAGGAUUCCAGCAGAGACAGAUUGUUUAAUGAUAUAUAAAUCAAUAAAGCCUUAUUAAAAUAAGAUGAUCGCUUAAUUCGACAAACUCUAGAAUAAGAAGCAGCCAAAAAAACUGGUUAUCUGGCUGAAUAAUAAGCAAACUAAAUAUCUAUUAAUUUACACUCAUAAUCAAUAAUUUUAGAUAAUUCGAUCAGGAAGACUCAGUAGAUCAGAGAAGACUUGGGAGAAUCUAAUGAUUUAGUUAACAUUAUGAAAAACAGAAUGAGAUGGUUUUUUUGA